AUGCUGUUCAAGUCGUCUCUCCUCGCUUUUCUGGCCUUGCAGGUCUUUGGCGCAGUUGCUCAAGAGGAGCCUGUUGCCGAGGCUGCUGAAGCCGCCACCCUCAACGCCGACAUCAGAACCUCGUUCCCCGACUCCGACAUCCUCGGCCUCAAGCUGGUCAAUGGCCGCACCACGACGGCCCUCGUCGAGGUCACCAACCACGAGGACGGGCCCAUCCAGUUCCUCUUCGCCAACGGCGCGCUGUGGUCGCCCGAGGAGCUCGCCGACGACGUGCCCGCCUACCAGGGCAUUGUGCGCAACCUGACCGUCGUGCAGUACAGCCUGGAGAUUGAGCCCGGCGAGACAAAGUCGUUUCCGUACUCGUUUGUGCUCGACAUGAACCCGCAGGACGUGCGCCUGCAUCUGCUCGCCGUCUUCACCAAUGCAAAGGGCGUCGUCUUCCAGGUGCCUGCGUAUGAGGGCAGCACCGCCAUUGUCGAGGCUCCCACCAGCUUCCUCGACCCCCAAAUCAUCUUCCUCUACCUUGUCCUCACUGCCGCCUUCGGAGGCACCCUCUUCUUCGUCUACAAGACCUGGAUCGAGGCCCUGUUCCCCCAGGCCAAGAAGACGCGCGCCCCCAAGAAGCCCGUCCAGAAGCCCGUCGACCCCGCCGAUGCCCUCUCCGGCUCCGAGUCCGCCGGCAAGUCGUACGACGAGAGCUGGAUCCCCGACCACCACAUCAACCGCCCUGUCGCCAAGCGCGUAAAGUCUAGCGCCAGCAGCAAGAAGAAGGUUGUCGAGUAAAUAUGAAAUAUAUUUGCUACUAGAGAUGAGGCGAUGAGAAGAGGAUUUAAUUCCCCCUUUUCACUCUGGCUUUUUACUCUUCUUCUGCUCUUCCUCUUUUCUACAUUUUCUAUUGACUACUCUUCUUCCUGUAUAACUCUCAUUUUUUUGGGGGGAAAUGGUAAUGUGUAGCAACAUUGGCGUUUAGCAAAAUCUUAUUUUCCAAAAAAGAGUCAGCAAAUGCCGACUUAGGAGGUUGUCGAGAUCAUGGGGUGAUUCCCAUGGGUUUGGAGAUACCAAAAAGAAGAAAAAGAGAAAGUUUUUAGAAUGAAGCCAUGUAUAAUAAUAUCAAAGAGAAAAAAUGAUAAUGACAUUGAGUACACUUC